AUGGCGUCAGGCGUCAAUCUAUCAGCGCCGACGGCGACGGCGUCGGACUCUUCCGCGUCCGUAUACCACCUCGCGGGCUGGAAAACAUGUCCGUCGUUUGUCAAGGCAAAGGAAGUGGCUGCCGCCAUGCACGUGAUGUACCCAGACCGCGUGGCAUUCGAAACGCACCCGUUCGAGGAUAGAGACGCUUUCAAGCAGUGGCUCAGCACAUCGCAGGAUGACUUUGCCACGCAGUUUGGAACCGACUCGAAAGCUACGAGGCACGUGACGUCGCCUUUUGUAUGGAGAAGUAACCCCACGACGUUCGUGGGGGGGUGCGACGAUCUCGUGACGGUUUUUCGGUCUGGUAUUGCUGUUGGACAUCCCCAAGGCGUAGCUACGAGCGAAGAAGAUGGGGAGACCUACGACUACGACCUGGUGGUAAUUGGUGGUGGCUCUGGCGGCUUGGCGUGCUCUAAGGAGGCUGCUUUGUACGGGAAAAACGUGUGUGUGCUCGAUUACGUCAAGCCGUCGCCGCAAGGAACUUCCUGGGGUCUCGGCGGCACGUGCGUCAACGUCGGCUGCAUCCCAAAGAAGCUGAUGCAUCAAAGCUCUUUGAUCGGCGAGAUAUUGCACCAUGACUGUGCGAAGUUCGGGUGGGACGUCGGGGGCGCGAAUGGAAAGGCCCCGACAUUUGACUGGAAGCAGCUCGUGUCGAACAUCGGCUCUUACAUCAAGAGCAUCAGCUUUAAGUACAAGGUAGAGCUCCGCAGCAAACAAGUAAAGUACGAGAAUUUCCUCGGCUCGUUCGUGGAUCCGCAUACGCUGAAGCUGUGGCAUCCGAAGAAAGGCACGAAACAGAUUACCGCUCGUCAUGUGGUCAUCGCUGUGGGCGGACGACCUCGGGAGCUGACGUGUCUGGGCGGGGAGCUUGCAAUCUCGAGUGACGACAUCUUCUGGAUGAAGCAGAAGGAACCCGGCAAGACCUUGGUUGUCGGUGCCUCAUAUGUAGCCCUCGAGUGCGCGGGCUUCCUGAAGGGGAUGGGCUAUGCCGUGAAGGUGAUGGUGCGCUCCAUCUUGCUUCGUGGCUUUGACCAGGAAAUGGCCAAGAAGAUCGAGGAGUACAUGGAGGUGCAAACAAGAAUUGAGUUUCUUCGCAAGACGGUUCCGCAAUCCAUCACAAAGCUCGACAACGGUCAGCUACUGGUGAAGUGGACGACGGAAGAUGGCGAUUGCUGUGAGGAGGAGUUCGACACAGUGCUGAAUGCGACGGGCCGUGAUCCUGAUGUUACCAACCUCGGCUUGAACGAGGCGGGUGUGAAGCUGAACGAGAAAACUGGCCGCAUCUGGGUGAACAGUGAGCAGACCACGACACCGAACAUUUAUGCUAUCGGCGAUGUCAUUGACGCGCCUGAGCUCACGCCAGUGGCGAUACAAGCAGGGCGCCUGCUUUCCCGUCGUCUGUAUAACGAAGGUCGUGCGCAGAUGGACUACGACAAAAUAUGCACGGCGGUGUUCACGCCCAUUGAGUACGCGUGCUGUGGUUUAUCGGAGGAAGACAGCAAGGCAAAGUACGGCAAUGACAAUGUGGAGGUAUACCAUAAGAACUUUGUUCCGUUGGAAUGGUCGCUUGCAGAAGAGACUCGUGUCGCAGCUGAGUCCUGUUACGUGAAGGUGGUUUGCGACAAGAGCCGUGAUAAUUUUGUGCUGGGCGUUCAUUAUCUCGGACCGAACGCGGGCGAAGUAACGCAGGCCAUGGGGCUGGCGAUGAAGCUCGGUUUUACGUACGACCAAUUGGUCGAUACGGUGGGUAUUCACCCGACGACGGCUGAAGCAUUUACGACACUGGAGACGACGAAGAGCAGUGGUGACUCGACCACUGGCGGAGGAUGCUGA